UGUCAUGAGUUUUACAAAAUGUGCCAAAGUUUAGUUAUGUUUCUAUUGUUUCGGUGGGAAUAUGUAAUACCAAAGUGGUCAUGUAGGUAUUAAUAGACAACAGCUGUCUGUCUGCUCUAAGCUACAGGGCCUGAGAGCUCAGACUACAGCUGGCUCCAAACUCCAAAUGUACCAGCUGCACAACUGUAAGUUGCUUAACCUCUCUGCCUGUUCUCUCGCUGUAAAACUGGAGUUGUGGUUAUCAUCACUGCUUCAUCUGUUUAUAGGACGUCACAUUCAGCGUUGUGACCAUGGACACAAGCACAACUGCUAUAAACCAGUCUGGGAACAAACAACUGAUUCUUGAUAAGAACCUCCUUUAACUGACAGGCACAAACAUACCAGGGUGUGCCGGAGUCCAGCCUGCUGGCUGUGUGCAUUCGGCAGUCCAGGAAGUCAGUAAGUUUUACACAAGGAAAUGGCUGCAGGCGACCCAUGGGCCAUUUCAGACCCUGACAGAGAACAUUUUCCUGAACUUGCUCAUCACCCAUUAGCCACUCAGGUUAUACCUCAGAGGAUUAGAAUGACAGACACCCUGGCAUCCCAGAAACUAAUAUUAAGUGAGUAUUUCCCAAAACAAACAGCAGGAUUGAUGAGCUAUGGACUAGAAUGUAAGCCCUUCGGAGGGAAAGGACCGUCUCUCUGAUCUUACAACGGGGCCCUAACCCUGGCUAUGGCAGGCCCACACACAUACACUUUGAAAGGAGUCCACAGCGGCCAUCAAGUUCCAAGCAAGGCAUGUGUGGUCACCUCCCCCCAGCAUCUCUCUAAACACGGGAACAGCAGAGGCCAUGCCUGAGGCAGCACUGAGGGAAGGCUUCCUGUGAUAAGCACUCCCACUCUUACCCAGAAACCUGUUCCAGGAGGCUCCUGCCAGAACUGGAGGUAAUCAUUCACCCACACCACAGGAAGGAAGGAAUGUUCCCAGUGAGCUGAGAGCUCUGGACGGAGGUCUAAGCCCAGCUCACAACGGCGAGGCAGCCUGGGGCACAGACCCAACCUCUUUUCUCACCCUAAGUUUGCCCUCUCUCAAGGACUUAGAAGUCAACUCCUCCAAUGCCAUCACAGAAGGGCAGAACCCUGAUGGAGGGAAUGAGGGAGGCUUUGGCAGUUGCCAGGCAACCAGUCUAGCCCACCCUUGUUUGCUCUGGUGGCGGCAGCAAAGGUGUGGUCAGAGUAUUUGGCAACACCCUGGGCUGCCAACAGUGAUUUCUUUGAGUUGGGGCACAGCUGUGGUCAUCUGGCAGCCUCUUCCACCCAGGAACCCUGAAGUCUGAGGCCGGAAGGACAAUCCUGACCUGCUGCCCUCAGAAGACUCGGAACUAUUACCAGAAGAACCAGAUUUCCAUGGGCCAGAUGGUAUCCCCAAGGACCAUCCAGAAUGAAGAUUUCUGGAAGAACCCGUGGGAUGUGGGGGGCCUGAUUGUGAUUUGCUUGUUCACCUCCACGUUCCUGCUCUUCAUCGCAUUCGCUGUUGUGUUUGGGUAUGUGGAAAAGGCUGCGUGGAGAAAGGCUCUGUAUGAAGAGGAGUGACCUGUCUUCUCGGGGGCCUAGAAGGCAGCAGGGAGAGGUGGAUUGGCCUGCUCACCCCUACCAGCAGUGGGCGUCCAGUCUCUCUGGCUCAAGAAAGAACCUAUGGGAACCACUAGACCUCGCCUAGGGUUGGUCAGAUAGCCGGGUGAGAAGGAUGGUCUGGUACCAUUUCUGGUCUCUCACGCUGCCAGCAGCUCGACACUGUAAGCACAUGGAGAGGAACUCUGCUUUGCCUCAGAGGAGAGCAGCAAUGGCUAACAAGAUGCUCUGAUGAGGGUCCCUGCCUAAGCAGCUAUUUUCAAGUCCUUGACAGAGAAGGGCACAAAAUGUCAAAUGAAGUAAAAUUCCUUUUC